UAGACGGGAGGCCUGGAAAUAGCCUUAUCGCCAUAUUGGUUUGACGGCCAUCAUGGAAGUAUUUCUGAUGGUACGUCGCACAAAGACGAGCAUGUUUCUCGAUUGCAAGGAGGGGACGACUGUCGUAGAUGUAAAGAAAAUGAUAGAAGGAAUAAUUAAACGACCUCCUGAAGACCAGAGACUUUUUAAAGACGAGCAAAUACUCGACGACAACAAGACUCUUGGUGAUUGUGGUUUUACAAAUCAGACUUCAAAGGCGCAAACACCGGCUGUCCUUGGCCUUGCACUUCGACAGGAUGAUGGAGAAUUCGAGCAACUGGCAAUUGAUCCUCUAUCCAGCCCUCCUGAGCUGCCUGAUGUAAUGAAACCCCAAGAGAGUGCCUCAAACAGCGAAGGCUCUUAGAAGUGAAACAAGCUCUAAUUUAUGAACAACAUACCUGUAUUACUUUUUGACUUUAUUCUCUGAGAAAAUCCAUUCUAACAUCAAAUAUGAUGAACAUAUUAAGGCUACAUAAUAAUUAUCUCUUGCCAUGGUAUACUCUCUUAUCUCAAGUGGAACUGCUUUUUUACUCUUGAAUCAUGUAACACCAAAAUCUUCUAUCGAUUAUUGGUAUAAUAUUUUGUAGGGUAAUAAGAAAUCAGUUCAUCUGUACACAUAAAAACUAGCGUUAUGUAUCUUUAGGAUUGCAGUGUUUACUGCUCGUUAAGUUUUUUUUUGCAUUGUAGUAUACAAAGUAGUGAUUUAUAAAAACACUUUGUUUGAACUGAGUGGGAUGUUACUGUCUGCAAUAAUUAUGUUUCUAAUUAAAAAUAAUAAUUUUUGAGAUCAACCAACAAUUUAUUGUUCUGUUGUAUAUGUUGCGACACGAUAAGGAAAGUUUGAUCAUUUGUAAUAACCAUGAACAAAAUAAAACACAUCCAUUUACAAACUGCUUCCUUUGAA